AAGCUUUAGUCGUGGAUUUCAGCAUUUAGAUCACUGACAUUUCAUGAUGUAUAGUCGUAUAAGCGAAGAGAUGUUUUUCUGCAAUUGCCUCAUCGCUACCUGAAUUUUCAGUAGUCUGUGGUUAAGCUGGAAAAUAUAACUGGUCACUGAAUGUUUCUGAACGUAUGGAAUGUUAGCUACAUGAGGAAGAUAAUGAGAUGGAACUCCCUAAAAAGUAUUCCCACAGAUACCAUUCUGUUGUAGAACAAAACGGCAGAACCUCACAGAUCACUUUUCCAGAGGGACUGAAGCAACAAGAAAUCUUAAAAUUUUUAUGUGUACUUCCAACAAAACCGCCGCAAAAUGAUGCACAUGAGGUGAUCACAAUAGAAGUACCGGCUGGCUCCACUGUGAAAAAACUUCGGUUACUAAUAUGGAUGAAUGCCAAGAUACACAGCUGCCAACCUCAGAUUUAUGACAUUGCAGAUCCUGAAUCAUAUCAGUUACUCUACAAAAAGGGUGCUAACUGGUAUGAAAUAUAUGACGAUUUUCAAAUCCUUCUGACACUGGAUGCUCUACGGUACUGGAAAAGCAUGGGCAUGCAGAGAUUCCAGAUUCACAUCAGACCUAAGCCUACAGAAACAGAUGAAAGCAAAAAGUUUGAGGAAACCCUAAAGUAUCUAAUUGGAUAUGACAUUGGAAGCAUGGAUAUUCUCUGCCAUGAGGAAACUGGAUUUGCUCGUCGAAGACUGGCAUCUCCUCGACAAGCAGAGCUCAAAAAAAGAGACCCAGUAGUCUAUGCCUUAGAGCCUUGGGUAGCAACUGUUCCCUUUCCUGAAAAUCUUAAAACUUUGAUAAGUGAUGAAACUGUUAUUACCAUCCAUUAUAUGAAAGGAACACACAAAAUGAAAGUUUGCCUCCAAGAUAGUCCCAAGGCCAUAUUUCAGACCUUUAUUCAGAAACUGUCAGAAAGGGGCUUAAGUGUGGAAAAAGAACUUGUCUUGAAGGUAUGUGGAAGAGAUGAUUAUAUCUCUGACAAUAAACCUUUAAUUGAUUUUCUGUGGAUAAGACAGUGCCUCAAGAAUAAACAGGAAAUACACUUGUCAUUGCUCCCAACUCCUUCCAGUGAUGAGAAAGCUGCCAUGAAUGAUUGGCCUUUAGUAGAUGAGUCAACAGGUUUCUCUAAAACUCAUGAAGAACUGCAGCUGACCAAUAAAGACCCACAUCAAGUCCUAGCUCUGUCUCUUUGGGAGUGUGAUCGAAGAUUCAGAGUCAAAUUAGUCGGUAUAGAUAUCCCUACACUCCCUAGUAAAGCUCCACAAAAUGUCUACAUUGAAGCAUGUAUUCUACAUGGCAGAGACAGUUUGUCUUCUGUUACAUCUAAGCCUAUGCCUUUCCGAGAGGAAGUAUUGUGGAAUACCUGGAUGGAAUUUGACAUCUUAGUAAAAGACCUACCAUAUGGUUCAAGGCUUAAUUUGUCAGUAAACAGUAUAAGUGCAGAAUCCAUGCAGAAAGAUGGGAAGUUAAUGCAGCAGCCAAGUAAGGAGGGCGACACAGGUAAAAGUAAAGGCAAGCUACUGUACUUUGUCAACCUUCUUCUAAUUGAUCACAGGUCAAUGCUUCAACAGGGAGAAUUUAUUCUUCACAUGUGGCCCUAUCCUGAACAAGAGGAGGCCUUAUUCACUUUUGAAGCAGACAGGUUGUCCUCAAAAAUGAACCCUGAAAUAGACACAUCUAUGGCUAUUGCCAUUGCACUGGACACAUAUAAUUACCCAGUAACAUUUCCGUACUGCAGGUCACUGAACUCCAUCUGUUCAAGUCCAGCUGCACGUCGUUCCAGAUCAUCAAACACAGAGCAAGAGUGCUUUCCACCAAGCUCUGUUACCACCUCUGAAAGACAUCUUCUAGAAAGGUUUACUGAACAAUGUGCAAAAUAUGGUAACUCUCUGCCUUCUUUUUUGACUACAAUAAACUGGGCCAACCAUGAGGCUGUCCAGGAUCUCCACUGGCUACUCCUUUCCUGGAAUCCUCAAAACCUUAACAUUGCAAUUGCUCUGGAACUUUUGAGUAUCAACUUUUCUGACGAAAAAGUUAGGAGAAUGUCUGUCAAACGACUGAAACAAUUAGAAAAUGAUGAACUGAUGAGGUACCUUCUGCAGCUGGUGCAGGCUCUGAAGUUUGAACCCUACCAUGACAGUGCACUUGCCAGAUUUCUGAUUCAAAGAGCCCUGAGGAGUAAAAGGAUUGGGCACUUCUUCUUCUGGUACCUGCGAAGUGAGAUUACUUGCUCACCGUACUUCUGUGAUCGCUUUGCAGUUAUAUUAGAGGCAUACCUUCGAGGCUGCAGUUGGCCCACACUUGAAGAACUGUACAAGCAGGUGCAAGUAGUGGAGAAUUUACACCAGGUGGCCCUUGACAUCAAAAAGCUUUAUCCAGAAAAGACUGACUUGCCAGCCAAUGCUGCCUUACAGCUCCAGGAACUUUUGAAAAAUGUAAAUCUUCCAGAAGAGUUCAUAGUACCAUACAACCCACGGAUCAGAGCAGGAAAAAUACUGCUGGACAAGUGCAAAGUAAUGCCUUCCAAGAAGAAGCCACUUUGGCUGGAAUUCAACAAUUGUGACCCAUUCUGCCCAUCAAGUUCUCCUGUAGGAAUUAUCUUUAAACAUGGUGAUGAUCUACGCCAAGACAUGCUUAUCAUCCAGACUCUUGAUAUAAUGGACUCUAUUUGGCAGGAAAAUUCCCUGGAUUUGAACCUUGUACCAUAUGGAUGCAUUUCUACUGGGAAUAAUAUAGGAAUGAUUGAGAUUGUUCGGGAUGCAACAACAAUAGCUAAUGUCCAGAGAAGCAGAGGUGGGACCACCAGGGCAUUCAAAGACGAUGCCUUGCUUGAAUGGCUAAAGACCCAGUGCAAAGUCACAGAAAUGUAUUAUCAGGCCAUGGAGAAGUUUGUCACGUCCUGUGCUGGGUACUGCGUUGCCACUUAUGUGCUUGGAAUUGGUGACCGACACAAUGAUAAUAUAAUGAUAACUGACCAAGGGAACUUGUUCCAUAUAGACUUUGGACACAUCCUGGGAAACACAAAGAGGUUCCUGGGUGUAAAUCGUGAAAGAGUCCCAUUUGUACUUACUCCAGACUUCCUAUUUGUCAUGGGGAGAGUGAACAAGAAAUCAAGUCUUUACUUUCAGAGAUUCAAGGAUAUUUGCACCCAAGCGUAUCUCGCGCUACGCACACGUUCCAACCUACUGAUCACACUUUUCUCUCUAAUGACAUUGACUGGGAUCCCAGAGCUCACACGCACAGAGGAUAUGCAGUAUCUGCGAGAAGCAUUGGCUCUUGAACAAGAUGAGAAGUCUGCCCAGGAACACCUCUUAAACCAAAUCACCAUCUGUGAGAAUUUGAAUUGGACUGUUCAAGCAAACUGGUGGAUCCAUAUGGUAAUGGGUAUCAAGCAGGCAUGAACCCAUGAACCCAUGAACCCAUGAACCCAUGAACCCAUGAACCCAACAAAGUUUUCAUUCACAUUUCUCACACAGAACCAGACAAAAUGGUAGACAGCCUUACUAAAAUUGCUAUGGCUUUGGUUAUAUCCCACUGAAUGAAUGAAUUUGGACAGUAUGUGACAAUAAUCAUAAUAAAAGACACCGGUAUUCUAUUCUUAUUCUUUUCUCUUCAGUAAAGCCAUUGCAUUUUAUAGUACAUCUUCUAAAGGCACUGAAAUAAUAAAAAUCAUUUAACUAUUUUUGGCAUUUCAAACCAAUUAGAACUUGUUUUUCUCAUGAUUUUUGUUGUAUUACUAGCAGCGUGUUUAGUUUUCUGUUCCAGAAGUCUGAUUUUAUUUUGAUUGCUUAUAUAAACUUAAACGAAUGACAAUCAGAUCACUGUAGACAUCCGAAAUUAGUAACAAAUCAUUGGUUUAAUGAAUGCAUUUUGUGAUUAUUAAAACA